UCCAGCAGGUGUCAGUGUGGAAUCGCAGAGACAGAGCAGCAGCGGGUUUGUUUCCCUUAGCCGUUAGCAUAUGAGGCUCCUGUAAAAGAUGCCCGUGUCUGUCAUGAUGGCUGAACUUGAUGAAAAGCUGCUGUUGCAGUUUGAAACUCAAGAGUUGGAGGCUCCUGGUGGUAUUGCUACGCCUCAAGUGUAUUCCCAGUUACUAGUUCUGUAUCUCCUGCACAAUGACCUGAAUAAUGCCAGAUACCUUUGGAAACGGAUACCACAUGCAAUCAAAACAGCAAACCCAGAGCUGGCCGCUAUAUGGGCUGUUGGACAGCGUAUCUGGCAGCGAGACUUUCCAGGGAUCUACGCUACUAUUGCUGCUUACCAGUGGUCUGAAAGCAUUCUCCCUGUGAUGGAAGCCUUAAGAGGUACUGAGAUCAUGCGGUUUAUGCUGUAUUUUAUGCUGUAUUCCUGA